GAGAAAAUAAAAAUUCGGCGAAAGUGGCGACAUGAGUCUCCCGCAAGUCAUUCGGCGUUUUAAUAUUGUUUUGACAGCAAUUCGGCUAGAUAGAUUUUAAAAAAACUAUUGAAUCAGCGAUCGUCUAACCGGUCUAACCAUUAAGAACUGACACCGAUAUUAACUGAGAAAAGUUAUUGUUUCCAUAUUAAACGAUGGAUGAUCGUCCCGUAUGGUUACCUUUGGAAUCAAAUCCAACUGUUAUGACUAACUUCUUAGUCGACAUCGGUAUGUCGGCUGAAUGGUCAGUUGUCGAUUUAAUUGGCAUUGACGAAGAUGUGCUGGGAUUCGUACCGCAACCAGUCGCAGCUAUAAUUUUUCUGUAUCCACCGACGGUACAUGACUCUGACGAAAGCGGUGAUGAUGCAUUAAACGAUUCGGUUUUCUUUAUGAAACAAAUGGUACGGAAUGCAUGCGGAACGGUCGCAUUGAUACAUGGUGUGGGCAAUAAUCUGGACAAAAUUCAGUUGGUGGAUGAUUCACCGCUCAAAAAGUACUUUGAAUCCGUGCAAUCAUUAAAUAAAAUUGAAAAAGGAUUGGAAAUGAGUAGAAAUGCCGAUAUACGAAAAAGUCACGAAUUGCAUGCCCAGCAAGGACAGACUUCAACUCCGAAUCUGAACGAGAAUGUUGAGAAUCAUUUCGUUGCUUUGAUUGAACGAAAUGGACGAAUUUAUCAGUUAAAUGGCGGCAAAGACGGACCAGUGGAUCAUGGACCAUCGUCGCAAGAAACGUUCCUGUAUGAUGCUGCCGCAGUUUGUCGGCAAUUUAUUGCUAAACAUCCGGAUUGUAACAGCUACUCGGUGCUAGCUAUUUCGAAAGCUUUCGAUUGAAUCGAUUUUGUUGUGUGCAAUCAACAUACCAUUAAGUGUAUUUAUGAGUCGAUUGAUAUUUUUUAAGAAUCCUGCAAAAUACAGAAUGCUUUAAGUGAUAA